UCAUGUGGUUUAAAUUGAAAUUUGUUUCCCGAUGUGAGAGUUUGUUUUGAAGUAGCUAAGCAUUGUUAAAAUAUAUCUGCAACUUUUCAAUUUUGUUUCUUAUCAAAUAUUUCUGUUUUUGAAACUGAAGAUUUUUCAGCUGAGUGUAUUUUUUAAAGUUUUUUUACAUAGUUCCUCAACGCCCUUGAGCAAAUGUUUUAGAAACUUUUCUGCAGUGUUACAUAAGAGAUCUUUUUCAUGAAUGAUGGUUAAAGAUUCUGAUAUGCCGUCAGCAACUUCUUGUGAAACAGUAAAUGGACAUAGCACUUUGAACCAAAGUGAAAAUUUUGAAGAUAUUGCUGAAAAACUAAAAUCAUUGAGCAUCACAUCACUGUCAUCUUAUGCGCUAUGUGAGAAUACAGUGUCGAACAUAAGUGGUAAUUCUUUAGAGUCUAAAAAACUUGGAAUGUAUAUUGAAGAAGAUAUUGACGAGUCUCCUUCCGUGGAUCGGAAACUCGACAUUGUUGAGGAGAAAGCUAGUGAUAAGAAAAGUGAAGUUGAUGAUGUUGCUAAAGAUCAAGAAUUUGUUUUUAUCCAUGAUGCAGGCUUUGUUGUUAAAGUACAAGCACCAAAUGGCGACACAUUUGAUAUACAGGUUAGUUCAACAGAAUUGGUGCAGGAAAUUCAUCAAAUGCUGAUGGAUCGUGAAGAAACGUGCCACAGAACUUGUUUCUCUCUGCAACUAGAUGGUGUUACAAUGGAUAAUUUUGUUGAAUUGAAAACUAUUGAAGGAUUGAAAGAUGGUUCUCUUAUUAAAGUUGUUGAAGAGCCUUACACUGUUCGAGAAGCUAGAAUUCACGUUAGACAUAUAAGGGAUUUAUUGAAGUCUUUAGAUACUGCUGAUGCCUAUAAUGGUGCAGAGUGUAGCUCUUUUUCCUUUUUGAAUGUUAUUACUCAAGGAGAUAUUUUAGAGAAGAAAAAAUGUCGACCUGACUCGGUAGAUUGUACACCAUUAGAUUACAUCUUACCUGGUGUAAAUGAAUUGCCUCUUUUGCCAUUGCAACCUCAAUCUAAAGACCCAAAAGUAUUACCUGCUUUGAAAGUUCUUACCAUUAGUGGUUGGAAUCCUCCUCCAGGAUUGAGGAAACUUCGUGGUGACUUGUUGUACCUGUAUGUUGUAACUAUGGAAGAUAAAAGGCUUCAUAUUACAGCAUCAACUCGUGGCUUCUAUAUUAACCAAACUACAGAUGAAGAAUUUAAUCCGAAACCUGCCAAUCCUAAGCUUGUUUAUCAUUCUUUGGUAGACCUACUUGGCCAGGUUAGUCCUACUUUUAAAAGAAAUUUUUCCAUAAUUCAAAAGAAGCGAACGCAGCGGCAUCCCUUUGAGAGGGUUGCGACACCUUAUCAAAUAUAUACAUGGGCAGCGCCUAAUUUAGAACAUUCAAUUGAUUCUAUUCGAGCAGAGGAUGCUUUUUCUGCAAAACUUGGUUAUGAAGAACACAUCCCUGGUCAGACUAGAGACUGGAAUGAAGAACUGCAAACUACCAGAGAACUGCCCAGGAAAACUUUACCUGAAAGAUUGAUUCGUGAGAGAGCUAUUUUUAAAGUGCAUAGUGAUUUUGUUACUGCUGCGACCAGAGGUGCAAUGGCUGUUGUUGAUGGAAAUGUUAUGGCAUUAAAUCCUGGCGAAGAAACAAAGAUGCAAAUGUUCAUAUGGAAUAACAUAUUCUUUAGCCUUGGGUUUGAUGUACGUGAUCACUAUAAGGAAGUUGGUGGUGAUGCUGCUGCAUAUAGUGCUCCUAACAAUGAUCUUCAAGGAGUUAAAGCUUAUAAUGCUGUUGAUAUUGAUGGAUUAUAUACCUUGGGGACAGUAGUCAUCGAUUAUAGAGGCUAUCGAGUCACGGCGCAAUCGAUCAUUCCUGGUAUUUUGGAAAGGGAGCAAGAGCAUUCUGUUGUGUAUGGAUCAGUUGAUUUUGGAAAAACUGUUCUUACUCAUCCCAAAUAUUUAGAAAUGCUCAACAAAGCUGGCCAGCCACUGAAAAUUCUGCCUCAUAUGGUUUUGAAUGAGAAAGAUGAAGAAGUGGAAUUAUGCUCUUCAGUAGAGUGCAAGGGAAUUAUUGGCAAUGAUGGAAGGCAUUACAUCCUUGAUCUACUAAGGACUUUUCCUCCAGAUAUUAAUUUUUUAAUUAUUGAAAAUGAAGAAUCCUCGAAGGAUGCUAAAGCUGCAGGUUUUCCUCGGGAUCAUCGACAUAAACUUUGCUGCUUGAGACAAGAACUAAUAGAUGCUUUUGUUGAUGCUCGCUACAUGAUGUUUAUAAAAUUAGCUGCAUUUCAUUUACAACAGAUUGGUUUAAAAAAUUACAUCAAAGACAAACAAGCGGAACAAGAUCAAAAUAACACAGUAUCAUCAGACAUUUUGAAAAUUUGCAAUUCAGAUAAAGAAACUGGAGAAAAAAAUCAACCUGAUGAAGAUGAUGUUGCUCAAAAAAAAUCUUCAAAUGAAAAGAAAUUGAGCAUAGAAACUGAUGAAUACAAAAAAAUUGUAGAAUCUAUUACUAAUAAAGACAAAUGUGAAGUUGAUAGCACAAGGGAUGUCAUAAAAAAAGCUGCACAAGCUGUUGGAUCAUUGAAAGAAACUGAAUUCGACAUUCGCUUUAAUCCUGAUGUGUUUUCUCCCGGAGUUAGGCAUCCAAAUCCACAGGGAGAAAGUUUCCGUAAAGAGAAGCAAUUAGUGAAAGAUGCUGCUGAUUUUCUACUAACUGUUCAAAUUCCUGGUUUUAUCCGAGAUUGCUUAGAACAUUCAACAUCUCCUGUUGAUGGAACAACUCUUACUGAAGCUUUACAUGGAAGAGGAAUAAGUAUAAGGUAUCUAGGAACUAUUGCUGAGAAACUUGCGAAAAUUCCUCAGUUACAGUAUGUUUUGAGGAUUAUGGUAUCUGAACUUCUAACCCGAGCCGCAAAGCAUUUGUUCUCACAAUACAUACAAGGAGUUGAAACUAUGUAUUUAUCAAAUGCUAUUAGUCACUUUUUAAAUUGUUUACUGUCAUCAUGUACAUCAUUAUCAAGUCCUAUGUCAUCUGAUGAACUUCAAGUUAAAUACAAAAGGAAAGGAAAACGCAAGGGAAAGCAAAAUUCUCUGAGGUUUGAAGACAGUAAUGAAUGGGCUCUUUUAUCCAAUAAAACAUUCUGGGCAAACCUGAAGAAUGAACUACUUUCCUAUUAUGGUUGGGAAUUGCCUUGUGAGUCAAUAGAUGCAGUUGUUGAACAAUAUUCAUUGCCAAAAACAUCUAUCCUACGUUCCUUCUGCAUCAAAACUGGAAUUCAGAUUUUGUUACGAGAGUACAAUUUUGAUCAUAAGAUGAAGCCUACAUUUACAGAAGAUGAUAUUCUAAACAUAUUUCCUGUUGUGAAACACAUAAAUCCUCGAGCUACAGAUGCAUAUAAUUUUUAUACAACUGGCCAAAAUAAAAUACAGCAAGGUUAUUUGAAAGAAGGUUAUGAACUUAUAACAGAAGCUUUAAAUUUAUUGAAUAAUGUUUACGGAGCAAUGCACCCAGAAAUCUCACAAUGUCUUAGAAUGCUUGCAAGGUUAAACUACAUAAUGGGAGAUCAUAUGGAGGCUAUGGCUUUCCAGCAAAAAGCUGUUUUAAUGAGUGAAAGGGUGAAUGGUGUUGACCAUGCUUACACUAUAUCUGAAUAUACACAUUUAGCCUUAUAUUGUUUUGCAAACUCUCAAAUCACCACUGCCUUAAAACUUUUGUACCGUGCAAGAUACCUGACCCUUUUAGUUUGUGGAGAAAAUCAUCCAGAAAUGGCUGUACUCGAUAGCAACAUUGGCCUCAUUUUGCAUGCAGUAGGGGAAUAUGAUUUAUCUCUAAGGUUCCUUGAAAAUGCCUUAAAGUUGAAUAUAAAUUAUUACGGAAAUAAGAGUCUCAAAGUUGCUGUCAGCUAUCAUCUUGUUGCAAGAACUCAAUCUUGUAUGGGCGAGUUUCGUGGUGCUCUGCAAAAUGAAAAAGAAACAUAUAGUAUAUAUAAACAGCAGUUAGGUGAAGAGCAUGAAAAAACCAAAGAAAGUUCAGAAUGUUUGAAACAUUUAACACAACAAGCUGUUGUGUUGCAGAAGAAAAUGAAUGAAAUUUAUAAAGGCAAUUCAAGUGCAAUACUUCCUCCUAUACAAAUACAGACGCCAUCUUUAAGCAGUGUUUUAGACAUGUUAAAUAUUAUAAAUGGAAUUCUUUUUGUUCAAAUUAGCCAACAAGAUAUUGAAAACUUUAGAGCAGAAUUUGAACGUCGCCAACAAAAGGACACAGAAUGUAAAAAAGCUGCUAAUGACAAUGAUGAAAGCAUCAGUGAUACUACAGAAACUCCUAACAGUAUUGCUUCAAGGUAACUGCUCCAACACGUCCAUAUGUAGAAAUGAAGCACAAAGCUAGAAUGCUUUCCACUCAUGGGCAACUUCCAUGAACUUUUUUGACUGUAGAUGGAAUAGAACUGCAGGCCGAUUUUUUUCACUGCCGAAGAUACAAGCAUUUUGAAUGAGAAUAGCUAUUUCUUACGCAUCCUUUUGUGAUACUCAUCAAUACAAAAUUUUACGGAAUGAGAGCUUAAGCUCUCUUUGCAAUCAAAAUCAAAGAUUCUUGGAAUGCAAUAAUGUCAUUUUGUUAAAGCAGGCCUUUACAUUCAUUAGCGCCUUCAAUUUCUGAAAAUUUGUAGAUUUCAAAGUGUUGUUUUCUUUGUUUGAAACGAAGCCUUAAAAAUUAUGCAAAGUUAUAGUGGAAAUAUGUUUGUAGUUAAAUUAUAUACAAUUCAUAAUUUGCUAUUGUAUUAGCUUCUGAGAAGCAUCUUUAUAGCGUGAGUUACCUUUAAAAUGUAAGAAUAGUUUACGAAGCACUUUCAUAAUGCUUUAAUAUGAAUGUGUGGAUAGAAAUUAGGUUAUUUGAGUUCUGAGGAAUAGUCAUAGAAGUUUUAGAUAUCUAUUAUGUUGUGUUAAAUUUGAAAGUUACUAUGUGUUCAACCAAGUGUCCUUUUUUUCCUAUGGUAUGUAGAUUUUGUAUGAAACUGAGUUAAUCAUAUUGUGUUCGAUUUUAAUUUUUUGAUUCAUCUGUAUCAUAAGUACAUGAUUGCUUAAUGAAUGAGGAAUUAUUUGUUUGAAAAUACUUUUACUAUUUGUUGUUAAUCAAAUUCUUUUCUUUUGAAAUGUGAAAAAUCAUGAAAGUUAUCUGAAAUAUAUUUGUAGUACUUUUUAUGUUAUUGUUUUUGUACUUCGUUCUUUAAGUGUUACAAAAGUGUUUGCUGAAAUAAAACAUCUGUUAAGAAUCUGUUUGCUUCUCAAAAACAAAAAUAAUCAAGGCCGGAUUUGGAAGUCUGGAGACCCCGGGGCAACGAAGGAGUGGAAGCCCCUAAUCAGGGUUCAUAAAGAUCAUAUUUUCGAAAAUAUUCGAUACUUUGAUUUAUUAUAGGAGUUUCACCAACUUAAAGGGCUAAAUCCUUUCUUUGGUAAAAAAAAAAUACGCUCCCAUGCAAUCAAUACAAAAUUAUAACAGAUUUUUAAUGAUUAAUUCAAAAUUCUUUGUUAUUAAUUAAAAAAAACGGGAAGCGGAAGAAAAUCGAUGUGUUCAAUAGGCAUUUUCGUUAAAAAAUUUCCAUUCAAGUCAUUUCGUCAAAUUUUUAAAUUUUUGAGCUCAAGAAGUGAGAAGUUGUAAGGAUGACCUGCAAAGUAAACCAUUUUUCGGAUUUUUUU